AUGGCCGUCAGGACCUGUAAUCCUUUUCACUGGGAAACAAACGCAGCCGCUGUCCUCUCUUCUCCAAAGCGCCCAGAGUCCAGGGCCGCCAGCCCGCCUGCCUGGUCACAAUACCUGAACCACAGAGGAGGCACCCAAGGGAGUGGGAUAUGUGUCCACACUGUAAUCUGCUCCAAACAUGAUAGGAUGAACAAAAACGAGGGAUUUCACAAAAUUGUACGGCAGCCUUUAUUGGUUUUGUACGUCCUUUUUGUAUCUUGCAGGAAUUGAUCAAGGCAGGUGGCGCGACUGCAGAUCCAGCUGCUGAAAUGUAAGCGCCGUGCAGCUUGAGCGCUAAAAAAGAUCACCUCUUAGUGUUCAAGGAGAGGUUUAAAGAGGCCGGUGAAUGUAUUUUAGAUGACAGAGGAAUUCUCUCCCCGGCUGAUAUCAGACUGCUUUAGUCAGUGAUCUUCAUGUCACGAUUCUACGUGGUGGUAAACAGCUGAUCUAGUUCAGAAAAGACAGUGAGAAAGUCAAGAGCCAGCAACACGGAGAGCCCGGGAGAGGAAAGUGUGUCAUCAGCAUAAAAAUAGAAGCCUGCUAACGAAUUCCUAAUCAUAUCCCCAGUUUCCUCCGGGAGCUAUGCUAAAGAGGUUAAAACACCAGCCGGUAGAUGAGAAUAUGUGGCACAUUUACUCAAGAGAUAAUUUCUUGGCGUUCCUACGAUUUUCAGUGUUCUUGAUUGCUAAAUUUAUCAUUAUCUCCUCCAAACUACAAAAAAACACAGCUAUCCUCUGUGCAGCUAUGUAUCUUACCUGCAAAUGUUAAAAGCCUAAUAAUGGAGAGUAAUUUAUCCGAUACUGGUAAAGGCAUCAGGGCUGCUUUGCUCCCACUUUGUCAAUCAAUCAAGUGAGAGUAAAAUCUUAGAAACAAAAUGCAACACUUUCACAUCAAAGGGGACAGAAAAGCAUCACUCCUGACUUAAGCUAGACUGAAUCAAAUAAUGCCUGUGUGGCUUUUACGAGUGAAUAAAUUGAGUGCCCUUCAAAAAGGAGCCCCCAUACUGAUUCUAAUGGUGUAUAUGGCCUCGGAGUAAUCACCUAAAAAAAACUUAGUAUUAAAAAAUCCUUUGUACGCAACAAAAGCAAAUGUCAGUGUUCCCACUGAGUGAAAGAGUGCUUUUAUAUGUGUGAAAGGUUGUGAGGGUAGUAAUUCAGCGCGGCUGCAGAAGGUGUUGUAUGUUGGCAGCACUGCAGACUGUGGAGAAUGGGCCGCGGCCGGCCGUUUCCAGAGCCUUUGUGUGUCUCUGUUUGACCAGGCGUCUCCUGGUCCACAGGAGCACAGCUUCAACACAUCUAGCAAAGGAACAAAGCGGCCAUUAUCAGCCCUAUCUCAUCCCCACCCAGCCUCGACUCACUGACACCCGGGGACAAACAGUGGCAGGGCUCAGCCGCUCAGCUCUGCCGGGGGGACUCUGA